AUGAUUUCUGACGAACAUUACGAUCUUUGUCGGCCGGUUCUCGACGAUCCCACGAUAGAGGAGGAGGAUAAGACUGAACGUCUAGAAGAGUUAUUGAGUAAAGUACCCGGUCUGAAGGGAGCAGCCUUGGAAAAUGCCGUCCUUGAUGCCCUAUGGAAACAUCGAAAUGCUCAACGCGGAGAGACUGCCGAGACCCCUCUACGACAUAAUGUCAUUCGCAAGUCAUCUCCUGCUCCCUGGCAGGCCAACCGCGCACCUACACCCCUAGGGUCACCGCCUCCGCUCUCGUCUAGCCCCGCGCUUUCUGCAGGAUUUCCAGCCUCGCGUCCCAGCUUCUCCCGGCAGAAAUCUAAUAUCCCCUCCCCUUUUGUAUCUCCCCGACCUUCACCACGCCUUGCCCUGGUACAACCUAUACCUCACAGUCCGAGCUUGAAUGCCUAUGAGUUUUCUGAUACAGGUCCUGCGCCUGAUACAUACGGAGACUACGGACACGAAAAUGUUGAUUGGCUCCUGGCUGAUGAGUCUACCAGUAAUGCUUCUUCUACAGCCACUGGAGGGUUGAGCGCUGCUGCACCAGAAUGGGUGCCUCAACCAGAUAUGAGUCCCUAUGACAUCUUGCGUUCUGUCCUGGGCGACCGCAAGACAGACGAAGAGAUCGAAGAAGCACUAAACAAGAACUCGUACGAUUUAGGGGCUACCAUUGCCUCCUUACUUGGAACAGACACCGCCGACACGCAGUAUACGGGAGUUCCAUCGUCCGAGAAUAAUGUUCUGGUCGGCAAAUCCAUGGCGGUCAACCAUGCCCGACCUUCCACCCCUGGCCAGCAGAAGAACCCUAUAGUCUGCAAAUACUGGCUGACAUCAGGCUCCUGCCUUCGCGCUGAUUGCCGUUUUGCCCACGACACUAGCGGCUACCUGUGCAAAUACUGGAUGAACGGGAACUGUCUCGCUGGCGAUGCUUGCCAAUUCUCACACGAUCCUGCUCUCCUCAUCAAUCAUCUCACUGUGGGCGAAGGCUCAGUCACUCCGCAGUCUUUUCAGCUGCAGGACCACUACGAACAGUUUCCCUCGCUCACCAACCAGAACAUCAGGAGCACGCUUCAAGCUGGUCUGGCUGCUGGCAACACAUUCAUCCCCGCUAACCAAAAGAACCGUAGUGCUUUGGGUACCCUUGGGUCGGGCUCUCGAUCUCAUUCUCGACCCAAUUCGCGCCAUCAAAAUCGACCGGAGACGCCCUCGUCCCUCUCUAUGGACGACCCCGAAGCGUUUCCGAGUCUAGGCUCUGCAAAACGGGGAUCUAAGCAUCAUGGCCACCGAUCAAGACAUGGUCAUGGAAGUGCAGAGAAGGAAACGCCCUCUUCACUUGCUGAUGUUGUCCGCAUGUCGCCGUCCCCGGCCGCCGGUCAGCAGCGUAAAGGAGAGACAGGGCGCAAGAUCAGAACAUAUGGAGGCUCUGAGAGUGCGGCGGCACGGAAGAUUCCCGAACCUCAGCAUAUCCCGUGGCUCGAGACGGGCUCUCGUGCCAACCAGCAGUAUCUGAAAUAUAGACAAGAGGCUAUCAAGCACGGAAGCAUACGGAAUAAAUUCUUACAAAGCGCAGCACAGGCAUGGAACCGGAACGACGCCCGCGCCGCGAAGGCCCUCUCUCUCCGGGGCCAGGCCGAGAAUGAUGCGAUGCGCAAAGCACACCGCGAAGCUGCGAAGGCUCUUUAUGAAGAGAGAAACAAACAUCUAUCUACUUCUCUCGUCGACGAUGACGAAGAACUUUACAUUGACCUACACGGCCUUCAUCCCGAAGAAGCCAUUGAGUAUCUAGAGAAUAUCCUCCUCACCCAUUCUAAACGAGGCAGAAGAAUCAUCUACGCGAUCACGGGCACAGGCCAUCACUCCAAGAAUGGUAAGGAUAAGGUAGGGAAGGGCGUAAGGAACUGGUUGAAUGAAUGGGGCUACACCUUCCGCGAGUUUAGUGUACCAGGGGAAAGGGGGGGAUACAUCGGUGGGGUCUUGGGCAUUGAUAUCACAAGUCACAGGCGCCAGCCCAUCUCCGCCGAUGAGAAGGGGGACGUGCCCGAAGAAGGGACCUCACCGACGCCCACUGUAGCGACGGCCGUGGGCAGUGGAAAGAUCCAGGUUCUCAAGCGCGAGGAAGUGCCUGCGUGA